UGAGGAGGUGACAGGGGGGCAUUAUGACAUGGCCGCUGUGCUGUGCAGGGCAGGAGAGUGUCAGGGAGCGAGUAGUACUGCUAUAUAGCUCCAUCCCCCAAUAUCUCACCAUGCCAGAAUACAGUGAUACCAGCCUCCCUCCAGAGGAAAGGAUACGGGCUCUGGUAUUAAAGGGGACGUCGGUGGAAGUCAAUGAUGAUAUCCCUCCCAAACGUUACUAUCGAUCCGGUGUUGAAUUGAUUCGUAUGGCCAAUGUGUACGCAGGGGAGGGGAACACAGAAAAUGCCUUUAUCUUAUACAACAAGUAUAUCACGUUGUUUAUAGAAAAGCUUCCUAAACAUCGGGACUAUAAAACUGCCAACGCUCCAGAGAAGAAGGAAACUCUGAAGAAACUAAAGGAAGUGGCCUUCCCAAAAGCCGAAGAGCUAAAGAAAGAACUACACAAGCAAUACGGUAAAGAGUAUGCUGAGUUUCUGGAGAGAAAGAAAUGCGAGGAAGAAGAGUGUGCUCGCCGCCUGGCGCUGCAGCAGCAGCUGGAUGCAGAGAAGCAGCGGGUGGCGCUCAUGAAACAGCAGCAGGAGCAACAGGAACAGCUCCAGGUCUUUGAAGAGAUGAUCAGAAGGAAGGAACUGGAAAACGAGCGGCUACAAAUCCUACACCAGUUCUCUACUGACAACUCCAGUUCACAGUUGCCUGGCGAGCCCCUCAUUCCAGGGGUCAAUGCUCCCCCUAUUAUUCCUCCGCCCCCUACAAAUGACACUGUCCUACCCCGACCACCUGUUGUAGAUAGGACUCUGAAGCCAAUGUCUAUCAGUCAUCAUGAAAGCUUUGUGUCAACUGAUGGUCUGCGCCAUGUAAGGAUUCCUCGGGAAGUGUGCGUGAGGUUUCUGAAAUUGGCAGAGGCCAACACGCAGAGAGGGGUGGAGACCUGCGGGAUCCUGUGCGGGAAGCUGAUGCAGAAUGAAUUUACCAUCACUCACGUCAUUGUGCCCAAACAGAGUGGAGGCCCCGAUUACUGCAACACAGAGAACGAGGAGGACUUAUUCCUUAUCCAGGACCAGCAUGGACUUAUCACACUGGGCUGGAUACAUACGCAUCCCACGCAGACCGCCUUCCUUUCCAGCGUCGACCUGCACACUCACUGCUCAUACCAGAUGAUGCUUGCAGAAUCCAUCGCCAUUGUCUGCUCCCCAAAGUUCCAAGAAACAGGAAUUUUCAAGCUGACGGACUAUGGCAUGAAAGAGAUUGGUGACUGUCGAGAGAAAGGGUUUCACCCGCACUGCAAAGAUCCCCCUCUGUUCUGUGCCAGCAACCACACUACAGUCUGUGAGCAGGACGUCAUUGUCAUGGACCUGCGAUAAUUCCUGCAAGGUGAAUGCCAACUCCCCACACCUGCGUUGUCAUUAAACUCUUUUUAAAGACUUGGUUGUAGAGACGGAACAUACAGGAAUACACAGAGAACAUGAUCUCGUCUGUGGAGGAUGUGGCCAUUGUGAUCUGACUCCUGUUGCUCACAGAGCUGGCCCAUUAUUAACCAGCAGCCACUUGGUGUUCAUGGCUGUACAGUGCACUUGUAUCACUUGUAACCAUGAAACCAGCUUUCAAAACUAGUGAACAGCUGGUGGAGUUUUUUUCCCUCUUUACAACAUUUAACAGCUCGUGACACAUUUUGGUGCUAAAUCUUCAAAACGUUUCUUUCUCGCUAUUUGGGUCUGUGCACUUACCGCUAAAUUAUUUUUUUUUUAUGCUUUUGUCAUAUUCCAGCUUUAGUUUGUUUUUCUAAGCAAGAUUUCGGCUUUCAGGUUCCGGAUGUUAUUUUAGUAAUAGAUAUGUUGUACAUAAAUUAAUUUAUUUGAUCCUACAGAAUGCCAGAAAGAAUCUCACAGUUUGAUAAAAGAGGAUAAUACUGUAUAAUGUUUAUUUUCUAGCAACAUUAAAUAUUUUCAAUGCUC